GCGCGCGCCCUCAUGGCCCGGGCUGGCGUCGCUCUCGUGGCCGUCUGUCUGCUGCCGGUGGCGCUGGCCACUGUCUACUUCCAGGAGGAAUUUCUAGAUGGAGAGCGAUGGAGAAACCGAUGGGUGCAGUCCACCAAUGACUCCCAAUUUGGGUAUUUUAGACUCUCGUCGGGGAAGUUUUAUGGUCAUAAAGAGAAAGACAAAGGUCUGCAGACCACUCAGAACAGCCGGUUCUAUGCCAUCUCUGCGCGCUUCAAGCCAUUCACCAAUAAAGGGAAGACACUGGUGAUUCAGUACACAGUGAAGCACCAGCAGAAGAUGGACUGCGGAGGGGGCUACAUCAAGAUACUCCCUGCAGACCUGGACCAGAAGAACCUAAAUGGGAAGUCGCAGUACUAUAUUAUGUUUGGACCUGAUAUUUGCGGAUUUGAUAUCAAGAAAGUUCAUGUUAUUUUACAUUUCAAGAAUCAGUAUCACUCAAACAAGAAACCAAUUAGGUGUAAGGUGGAUGGCUUCACACACCUCUACACGCUGAUUUUAAGACCAGAUCUUUCUUAUGAAGUGAAAAUUGACGGUCAGUCUAUUGAGUCCGGCAGCAUCGAGUACGACUGGAACGUCACUUCCCUGAACACCGCAGAGAAGUUGUCGGCCGAGGCCCAGGGCUGGGAUCAGGCAAAAGAUGCCAAGGCCCAGGACUGGGAGAAACACUUUCUGGAUGCCAGCGCCAACAAGCCGAGCGACUGGAAUGGCGAGCUGGAUGGGGACUGGCAGGCGCCAUUGCUCCAGAAGCCACCGUACCAGGAUGGCCUGAAGCCAGAAGGCAUAAGCAAGGACGUGUGGCUGCACCAGAAAGUGAAAGGGACCAGUUACCUGACACAGUAUGACCUCUCGGAAUUCGAGGACAUCGGCGCCAUCGGCCUCGAGCUGUGGCAGGUGAGAUCGGGAACCAUCUUUGACAACUUCCUGAUCACUGAUGAUGAAGAGUAUGCAGAGAGAUUCGGCAAGGCCACCUGGGGCGAGACGAAGGGCCCAGAAAGAGAGAUGGACGCCAUCCAGGCCAAGGAAGAAAUUAAGAAGGCCCGCGAGGAGGAUGAGGAGGAAGUGCAGGGAGGCAAGUUUCACAGGUGGGGCGCCCACUUCAACCGAUUCUACAGGCAGGGCGAGCUUUAGCCACGCACCACGGUGACCGUGCAAGAGCAGACUCUGCCUCCAGCCACACUUAAAAGCUCGUGUGUCUGCACCAUAAUGCGUCCAGUCUUCUUUCAAAACGUCCCCACGGUUCUCCCCGCGGUUCCUCCCAUUCCCUCCCCGCAGGACCCCUGUGCGCCGAGAACUUUCCUUUCCCCCAGUGUGAGUGCUAGAAACCAGAGGCCAACAGGAAUCUGGUCAAAACUCACAUUUUUAUUUUAUUUUAUUUAUUUGUUUCUUAUUAGUAUUUUUUCCAGUACUGGGGUUUGAACUCAGGGCCUGCACCUUGAGCCA